GUUUCUACCAUAAAUGGUCGAUGCUAACCUCAUGAAAAGAAAGUUUCUGAUCACUGCUUAUUUCUCUGUGCCAGUGCAGCCGCCAUGCGUCAGUAUAAUGCAGUAGGCGAUUUAACCCAGUAGCCAAGUAUUAGAAGUUCAGGCCUGUGCAUUCCGGGAGUGGGUGAGGGGGUAAAAGUGAUGGCGAAAGGGCGCUGAAGAAAUCUCAUACAAUUUCAGAGUGUUAGCGAGUUUUAACAAAAAUAAUUUAUAAGCCUCUAAAAUGUUAAAGCCAACUUAAAAAAAACCUUUUAAGCAGAACUUAUUUGGGCAAAUGUUCUGAGUUCAAGGAGUAAAAAAUAUGCAUCCAAAGUGCAGGCUUGGACAGGAUGAAAUACAAUCCUUCCUCUGGUCAACAAGGGCGUUUGGCACUAAUACAACACGUGCCAGGGACAGUGUUACAGUACAUACGCGUCUGGAUGUGCAGCAUCCAUGUUUCUUUACUUGCUGGUCUUCAUGGCAUAUCACAGCAGCAGAUGGAUACCAAAGAAUCAGAGAUUAAGAUUUCAACUACUGAAUGUACUGUUCAUCACAAUUGUUCUGGUUCCUCAGUUCUACGUGAUGGGAAGGCCCAAAUCCUCAAGAUACUGCAGGCAGCCCCUUCUGAACAACCUGUCAGCCUCAGUUGCUCUGUCCUUGAUGGCUUCAGGUUUUGCAGUGAUAUUCACACUCACAGACCCAGUUCCUCAGAGCUUGUGGGCUGCCUACCAUGUGUUUGGUCUACUGUCAUGUGGCCAAGGUUUAUGCACUACUAUCCUGACUCUGACAGCAGCUGCAUGUGCCAAAACCACCCCUGAGCUGUACUACAUGUCCCUUGUCCUAACAGUGGUCUCUGCUAUCAGUACAGGGUUUUUCAUGGUCAGAGGAGGACUGUGGCUAACCAACAGGCGCUCUGUGACAGAUCCAAGCAGAAACAAUGAGUUAUAAAACACUCCAGCUGUCCCACAAUGAUAUGUGACACUACACAUGUAAAGAAUUCAUGAGGGCUCCUUGCCACCAGCAGCUUGUAAUUUUAAACCAGGAGAAAGAAAAAGGGAAAGUGACUUAAUCCAGCUCACAUUUUUUUUUUUAAUGCACAUUUCAGAAAAGCAGCUGUUGAUUUUCUUUUUGCACUGAGGAAAUGUAUUUCAUGUAACAAUUUAUCACUAAAAAAAAAACAAUAUUUCAUACAGUAGAUUUGACAUGAUUAUAAGCAAUUGUGUGAAUGUAAAUUCUGAAUUGGAUUUUUAUCUUAUUGCUGAAGCUACAAUAAAGAAAUUCUAGCAUGAAAACUAAAAUUAAAUCUGUUGAUUUAAAGCCAAGGUGUUCAGGAACCCUCAUCCAAAUGUUUUAAUAUAAAGUAACUGUAAGAAUUACUUUCAUAUUAAAAAAAAAAAGAAAAAAAA